AUGAAUAACCAGGAAGAAGAAAAAAAAGGGGAGCGACAGAAAUCAGGAAGGAGGAGAAUCGACAUUCGUUUUGAUGUAGAUGAAAUGGACAUUCCUGUUGAUAAGACUGGCGGAGAGAAGCAGCACACGCCAGCGAGCGAUGGUUUCCACAUGAGCAGAGAUAAGAACGAACAUGUGAACACAAAUGGAAACACCCAGGUAAACCAACGCCUGUCGAAAAAGAAUGAAACAUCCGAGGACAAGGAACAGUUGCUAAUAUUUAAGAACUACAUGCAAAGGGAGGCUGCAAAGAGCAGCGAAGAGACCAAGGAACAGCAACCCAGUAAAGAAUUGAAUGUUUCGAAAAAGGAACACAAGAAUGGCGCAGAUGAGGACGAGUUCGAAAUCCCGAUACAUAGGAAAAAAAGAAACCAUCGUACUAAUUUUUUAAGUGAAAGCUUUUUUAAAAAUAAAGAUUAUGAAGAGGAGGAUCAGCAGGAGGAAAACAAGAGAUUGCACAUAUUGGACAUUUUCAAUUAUCAUGAUUUUCCUGCAAAUUUAUUCGGGAGAAAAAAAACGAACACAAGAAAUAAGGAAAAAAAAUUUGUCAUCGAGUUUGUGGACACAUAUAAUGACGAUUUUGUAAAAAAAAACAUUAACAAUAAUCUUAUAUUUGAGUCAAUAGGGGUAUGUAAAGGAAUUUCCUUUUUGCACAUAAAUAAAAAUAUCAAUGUAAACUGCCUAGGGUUCAAAGACAACAAUGCUUUUUAUUUUUACAAAAUGAUACCAUUCGAUAAAAUUUACUCGAAGGAUAGCAUGAGCAAAAUGUUAAGUAGCAAAAGUGCCUCUCCCCAAAAUGAGGAUACAAGACAGCAGAGUAAUAGGAAAGGACACCAACAGAACAGCGAUUUGGACAGAGCAAACAAAAACGAAGAAAGUAAUCCCCUUUGGGAAAAUUAUAAUAUGAUAAAAAAUUACCUUUUUAAUGAAAAAAAACAAGAAAAAACGUUGUACAAUGAUUUAUAUUUAUCCCCCUAUGAAAAAAAUUUAAAAUCAAGUAUAUGUAUAGGGACUCAUAUAUACUCCAAAGAAAGGGCCGUUAAAAAAUGCUUCGGUUUACUAAUAGAGCAAAACGUAUACACUGCUGAUCAACCCCAGGAUGAAAAUUCAUCAGUCAAUAAAAAUUUGGAAAAUUUGUACUUCGAUUUUCCAUUCUAUAGAAACCAAAUAAGCUUCAAACCUAUUUACUAUCCGUAUAAGAAUAUCCCCAUUGUGAGCCACUCUUUUCAGAGUUAUUUUAAAAAUAUCCAAUGGGAGAACAUGAACAAGUUGAAGGAUGCUCAGUUUUAUUACGAUGUAAAAAACAGCUUCUUCAAUUUUUCAAGGGACGUAUAUUUGACGACCAAGGGGGCUAUUAAGCACUUCGAUUCGCCCAAGGACUUCAUCUUCCAAACCGCUAACCGAAUGAAGGAUAUCAACUUCCAAAUGAAGAAGAUUUGCGAAAGGUCAUUUUAUAUAGUACACGAUUCCGUAAUGAGACUCAGCAAGGUCUCCAAAAGUUCUUAA